AUGGCAGAAAAAAACUUCAAAUGUGAUGUAUGUGUAAAGGUUUUUGUCCGAAGCGGUGACUUAAAGAGGCACACGAGAACACACACUGGCGACAGGCCUUACAAAUGUGAUGUGUGUGAUAAGGAUUUCAGUGCAUGCAGUUCCUUAAAAAGACACAAGCAGAUACAUACUGAUCAAAUGCCUUACAAAUGUGAACUGUGUAACAAGGAUUUUAGAUGCAAGGGCAACUUGAAACGACACUUGGAAACGCAUUCCAGUGAAAAACCUUAUAAAUGUUACGUGUGUAACAAGUCAUUUAAGAGGAACAAUGACCUAAAGAAACAUUCAGCAUUACAUGAUAAUGAAAAACGCCAUAUCUGUGAAGUCUGUGGUAAGAGUUUUCAUCAGAAUACUUCAUUAAAGAGUCACAUGAAAACCCAUACUGCUGUCAAACAAAAUAGUUGUGAUAUAUGCGGUAAAUUGUUCUUACGGAAAGAUACCUUACAGCAACACAAAAUAAUACAUUCUGAUAUCAAACCAUACAAUUGUGACGUAUGUGGUAAAGACUUUAGGUGGAAUGGAAACUUAAUAGAACACAAGAAAACCCACAACAGCGACAAAGCUUAUAAAUGUGAUGUAUGUGGAAAGACGUUCCAACAUGCCUACUCUGUGAAGAAACAUUAUAGAAUACACACUGGUCACAAACCAUAUAAAUGUCAAGUGUGUAAUAAAGAAUUCAGCUGGAUGUCAAACUUAAUAGUUCAUAACAGAACACAUACCGGCGAUAGACCUUUUAAAUGUGACGUGUGCGGUAAAAUUUUCGUCAGGAUGGUACAUUAAAGAUACAUAUGAGAACCCAUACUGGUGAAAAGCCAUAUAGAUGUGAAAUAUGUGGGAAAGGGUUUAGUCAAACCUCUUGCUUAAAUCUACACAAGAGACAUCAUACUGGUGCUC